AUGGCAGCGGGCGCGCGUCGGGCCCGGCGGUCCGGCCACGCUCGGGCCCGGCCGCCGCCGCCGGUGAACAACGAGGAGGAGCUUUACGACUGCCCCGACUACUACUACCUGCGCGACUUCCCGGCCUGCGGGGCCGGGCGCAGCAAGGGCCGCACGCGGCGCGAGCAGGAGCUGCGCACAAACCGGCCGGUGCCCGGCGGCCACGAGCGCAAGAUCGCGCAGAAGCUCCUCCGCAGCCAGCGCAAGCGGCGCCAGCGCCAGCUGCAGUCCCGGCCGCGCACCCGCCUCGCCUGA